UCUUACAGAGACUGAUGCCAUGCGUGCUGGAGAGAAAUCUGAUAAGCAUAAUAUAAUUGGGAAGUCACAGAGACAUGAUGAGAAUCUAAGUCAGCAUUCCAGGUUUCAGACUGGGCAACAUUUUGAAUUUAGUGGAAAAGGGAAAUUCUCCAACACAGUGCCAAUGAUACGUACAUAUGAGAAUAUGCAUAUGGGCGGGACCACCUGUAAAUAUAAUGAAUAUGGAAAAGCCUGUGAUAAGCCAGCUGCCAUUGCCCAAGAGAUAACUCAGGUAGGAAAGAAAACUUUUCAGUGUGUUAUAUGUGGGAAAAUGUUCUAUGAAAAGAUUAAACUUUCUCAACAUCGGAUUACACACACAGGAGAGAAACAUGAUAAAUAUGGCAAAUGUCAGAAAUCUUUUAUUAGGACAUCAUAUGCUACUUCAUAUCAAAGAACAUCUACAGGGAAGCAGCUUUAUCCAUGUAAUGAACAGGAGGAAUUUUUCUAUCAGAAGUCAGACCUUACUGUGCAUCGCAGAAUUCACACAGAAGAAAUGUCCUAUGGAUUUAAGUGUGGCAAUGACUUUGAUGAAAAUUCACUUCUCAGCUGUCAUCAGAGAAUUCAUACAAGUGAAAAAUCAUAUGAAUGUAAUGAAUGUAGAAAAUUUUUCUACCAUAAUUCUGCCCUUACUGUAUUUCAGAGAAUUCACAUAAGUGAGAAUCCAUAUGAGUGUGAAGAGAGUCAUAUUUUCUACAGUAAGUCAAAACUCAAAAAUCAUGAGAGAAUUCACAUUGCUGAGAAACCGUUUGAAUGUAACAGAUGUGGAAAAACCUACCAGAAUUCAGACUGCAGCAAGCAUGAAAGAAUUUAUAAGGAAUGUGGAAAAUGUAACCAAAAGUCAAAUCUGAAGACAACUCAGAGAAUUCACACAGGGGAGUACCCAAAUGAAUGUAAAGAAUGUGGGGAAGCUUUUAGCCAAAAGUCAGCUCUCCAAAGGCAUGAGAGAAUUCACAAAGGCAAGACACCAUAUGAAGGUAAGGAAUGUGGAAAAGCUUAUAACAAAAAGUCAGCCUUCAGCAUGCAUGAAAGAACUCACCCAGGUGAGAAGCUCUACAAAUGUAAUGGAUGUCUAAAAACCUUUAACAAGUCAUACUUCAAGAUGCAUUGGAGUACUCAAAUGAAAAAAAAACAUUAUAAAUGGAAAAAAGGUGGAAAAGUUUUAAACCAAAAGUCACAUCUCAGCAGGCAUGAGAGAAUUCAAACAGGUGAGAAACCAUAUGAAUGUACAGAAUGUGGAAAAGCUUUUAACCGAAAGUUCACCCUCAGCAUGCAUCAGAGAGUUCACACAGGUGAGAAACCAUAUGAAUGUAAAGAAUGUGGAAAAGGUUUUAACCGAAAGUCACACCUCAGCAUGCAUCAGAGAGUUCACACAGGUGAGAAACCAUAUGAAUGUAAAGAAUGUGGAAAAGGUUUUCUCCAACAGACAUCCUUCUGGUUUCAUCAGAGAGUUCACACAGGUGAGAAACCAUAUGAAUGUAAAGAAUGUGGAAAUGCUUUUAACCGAAAGUCCACCCUCAGCAGGCAUCAGAUAAUUCACACAGGUGAGAAACCAUAUGAAUGUAAAGAAUGUGGAAAAGCUUUUAAUCGAAAGUACACCCUCAGCAUGCAUCAGAGAAUUCACACAGGUGAGAAACCAUAUGAAUGUAAGGAAUGUGGGAAAGCUUUAAAGCUAAAGUCACACCUCAGCAUGCAUCAGAGAAUUCACACCGUUGAGAAGCCAUAUGAAUGUAAAGAAUGUGGAAAAGCUAUUAUGCAAAAGAUAUCCAUCCGGUUUCAUCAGAGAGUUCACACAGGUGAGAAACCAUAUGAAUGUAAAGAAUGUGGAAAAGCUUUUAACAAAAAGUUGAUCCUCUCUAGGCAUCAGAGAAUUCACACAGGUGAGAAACCAUAUGAAUGUAAAGAAUGUGGAAAAGCUUUUAACCAAAAGUCGAUCCUCAGUAGGCAUCAGAGAAUUCACACAGGUGAGAAACCAUAUGAAUGUAAAGCAUGUGGAAAAGCUUUUAACCAAAAGUCAAACCUCAUCGUGCAUCAGGGAACUCACACAGGUGUGAAACCAUAUGAAUGUAAAGAGUGUGGAAAAGCUUUUAACCAAAAGUCGACCCUCAGUAGGCAUCAGAGAAUUCACACAGGUGAGAAACCAUAUGAAUGUAAAGAAUGUGGAAAAGCUUUUAACCGAAAGUCAAACCUCCUCAUCCAUCAGAGAACUCACACAGGUGAGAAACCAUAUGAAUGUAAAGAAUGUGGGAAAGCUUUUAACCGAAAGUCAAACCUCAGCAUGCAUCAGAGAAUUCACAAGUGAGAAUCCACAUGAAUGUAAACAAUGUGGAAAAGCUGUUAGCCAACAGGUAUCAUUCAACUUGAAUCAGAGAGUUCACACAGGUGAGAAAACAUAUGAAUGUAAAGAAUGUGGAAAAGCUUUUAAGUGAAAUCUUACCUCAGCAUGCAUCAGGGAAUUCACACAGGAGAGAAACCAUAGGAAUGUAAGCAGUGUGGAAAAACUUUUAAGCAACAGGCAUCAGAAUUCACAUAGUGAGACACCAUAUGAAUGUAAGGAAUAUUGAAAAGCUCUAAACCAAAUGUCAGCCUUCAGCAUGCAUUAGAGAAUGCACCCUGGUAAGAAACCCUAUGAAUGUAAUGGAUGUCAAAGAAUGUGUAACUACAAGUCAUACUUCAGGAUACAUCGGUGUACUCACUAACACAAAAAAAUAUUAUGAAUGUAAAGAAUUUGGAAAUGCUUUUAACCAACAUUCAAUCCUCAGGUGGCAUCAGAAAAUUCAAACUGGUGAGAAGGCCUACAAAUGUCAUAAAUGUGGAAAAACCUUUAAAAAGAAGUCAUCCAUCUUGGUGCAUCAGAGUACUCACAGUAAAACUAAAAACCUUAUGAAUGUAAAAAACAUGGAAAAAUCUUUUAACUGAAAAAGUCCAACUGUCAGACUGCAGCAGAGAAUUCAUACAGGUGAGAAGCCCUAUGAAUGUACUGAAUGUGGAAAACUUAAAAAGUCACACUUUAGAAGACAUCAGGAUAUGCACACAGGAAAAAAAUCCUUAUAAACGGAACAAAUAUGAUGUCUUUUAUUGUAACUCCCCUUAAUUGACAUAAAAGAAUUCACACAGGGGAAAAUCACAGUGAAUGUAAUUUGUAUGGGAAAAUAUUGUGCCAGAAGUCACACCUCAAUAUAUAUCAGAUAACCUACAUUAAGGAGACCUGUAAAUAUGUACUUGUUUUCAGGUAUUGGGGAAUGUUUUGAGGAUUCCCUAUUGAUAUAAAAAUUUGCUGAUGCUAGAGUCCCUUCUUCAA